AAUAACAUCUGGUUCGUCGAAACCAUGAAAACGCACGUGUGUACUCCGAUUGCUCAUCUCAUUUCAUUCGUAGAUUUUUAGAUUCAUUGCACUCUUGCUCACAAUUCAAAACGGUUGUCUUGAAACCUUUUUUCUUUUCGUCCGUUACUGACCACUACUUACUACUCUUUCGCGAUGGACAGAAACCAACAGGAAGACACUCAACGCAUUUUGAUGAAGCCUGCACAUCGCCAAUGCACCGAGUGUAGACGCCGAUCGGUUUACAAUGGAGGUCGACAGAUGGAAGCAACCGCCGGACGCCGUUCGACCACGGAAUACGUGUUGAAUGUUCGAGACAGACGACCACGUCCAUCUUCGGUCAAAAGAGGAAGCUACGGUUACGGAAAGAGUAAUAAUAAUGUUUUCCGCGCUAGCAAUGUUCACAGGGACCAAAGGUCGAACGAAGUGCGGCGGAUCGACAGAAAGCCAGAUUCGGGCAGCGGAGAUACCGCCGUUCCGCCGGUCAUCGUCGUCACAGACACGGCGCGCAGGACCCGGAAAAACGCUGCUCGUACACGGACUGGGAAACAAAAUUAAUUGCGACAAAGUAUUCAAUAUGUUCUGUCUGUACGGCAACGUGACUGCCGUAAAGAUACUUAGAAAAGGACAGGUUCUCGUCGAGCUAAACGACGUCGAGGCCGCCAAACGCUGCGUGGCCCACCUGCACUUAUUGCCGAUGGAUCAACAAAAGUUGAAGUUGAAAGUCAAGUAUUCCAAUUUGUCUUAUAUACGCGACCAAGGAAAAGUCAUCAGAUUGUCGGACGGGACGCCGGCACAAAAAUACUACGAUACUAGCAAACUGAACCGGUUUUCGUACAAAGCAAAGUUUGUAAACGAACGUCGAAUCAUAGCACCGUCGAAGAUUUUGCAAUUCUUCAACACACCGUUGGAUAUAAACGGCUCGCAGAUUCGCAGGGCAGUGAUAAACGCCCUCAGUUGCAAAGACGCGGUCCAAUCAGUAACGAUUCUACCUCAAAAACAGCCCGAUGCUAAAUUUUCGACGGGCCUUUUGGAAAUGAAAAGCGUCGACCUGGCGGCCAAGGCUAUACUGUUGUUAAAUCACAUGGAGCUAGAAUCGUCGAGAUCCAAAUUCCCGUUCCUGAUGAAAUUAUGCUUUUCAAAAUGGUUGGAGAUACAGCAAAAAUCUGGGGAUUCGAGCGCCCUGGUUUUCAACGCCACGCCGCGCAACACUCCGUGGUUGUUCUACAGACAUGAACACCGCGUGUCCAUGAUGGAGUAUAAAGUGUCACGGGUAACCCGAGCGACCGAUGAAGACUGGCCCUGGACACUAUGGGAUACGAGGGACCGUACGAUGGAGGCCAUUGACCCCGAAGCCGAAACCCCCGAAGAUACCCAGUAUGGACCUAGUACCGCCAGGACUGUCAGUUGACGUGUGAACGUUCGGAGAUUUGGUUUUAUUCAUCCCGUUCGUGGGAUAU